ACUUUCAACAUGGAGAGUGGAGCAGGAAAGCACUGGACUGAGGAGGAGGUUAAAGCUUUGCUAAGUGUCUGGGCAGAAAAAAAUAUACGAAAACAACUUUACGGAACACUAAGAAAUAAAGGAAUAUUUAUUUACAUUGCUAAAAGGCUGCAAUCAUUAGGAGUAUACAGAGAUUGGAAACAGUGCCGGGCUAAGUACAAAAAUCUCAAAUAUGAAUAUAGAACAGUUAAAUAUGCCCAUAACUCUGGAGACAGCUCUAAAACUAUGAAGUUCUUCCAUGACUUGGAUGUAAUCCUGCAGUAUGAACCUGCCACACAAUUUACAGAGGAAGAUGCAAAUGGCAGGUACCUGGAAACGCUCAGCCCAAGUACAGCCCCAGAGACCACUGAAGGUAUCUCUACGUCAGUACUGGAACCCUCUAAUAAUACAACUUUUAUCCCAACUGUAGCAAAUGAAGGAGGAAAGCACUGGACUGUGCCAGAAGUCAGGGCUCUAAUAGACAUCUGGUCUGAUAAAAGCAUACAACGACAACUAGAGGGAACAGUGAGAAAUAAGAGGAUAUUUCAACAAAUUGCGGCCAAGCUUCAGAAAUUUGGAAUAGACAGAGACUGGAAACAGUGCAGAACAAAGUACAAAAACCUAAAACAUGAAUACAAGAUCGUAAGAACAGCUCAAGAUCUAGGCAUGACUAAGAGUAUGAAAUUUUUUACUGAGUUGGAUGCUAUUCUGGGACCCAAUAAAACAGAAAAAUCACGAGACCAGGAAUCCCAAGAUGGAGAACAUGUCACAGAAUGUGCCAACGUAAAAAUGGGAGAGGACCAGACAGUACAUCCAGAUAGAGAAGACCUGAUUACUAAAACUUCAGAAAACCCAAGACUUAUAAAUGUGAAAAAAGAAAGCUCAGACAUAGAAUUAUUUGAAGGUCACAACAAAAGCCAAGGAACUUUGAGCUUCAAGAGAAAAGCACAUGAAGAUGAACCAGUGUCUAAAUCUCUUAAGAAAAGUGCUCCUGAGAUCAUUACAAAUCAGUUUCCUCAAAGCAUAAUAACAGAACCAAAAGAUUCUACAGAAUGUUUCUGCAGACAGGAAACCCAACUUCAUCAGAGUUCUGCCUCGCUUCCCGGCGCGGUCGCAGCCCUCAGCCCACUCAGGAUAAUGGCGACAGCUGAGGUACUGAACAUUGGUAAAAAAUUGUAUGAGGGUAAAACAAAAGAAGUCUAUGAAUUAUUAGAUAGUCCAGGAAAAGUCCUCCUACAGUCCAAGGACCAGAUUACAGCAGGAAAUGCAGCUAGAAAGAAUCACCUGGAAGGAAAAGCUGCAAUCUCAAAUAAAAUCACCAGUUGUAUUUUUCAGUUAUUACAGGAAGCAGUUACCUCAUAUAAGUCAAAUUGUAUUAAAACUGCCUUCACCAGAAAAUGUGGGGAGACAGCUUUCAUUGCACCCCAGUGUGAAAUGAUUCCAAUUGAAUGGGUUUGCAGAAGAAUAGCAACCGGUUCUUUUCUCAAAAGAAAUCCUGGUGUCAAGGAAGGAUAUAAGUUUUACCCACCUAAAGUGGAGUUGUUUUUCAAGGAUGAUGCCAAUAAUGACCCACAGUGGUCUGAGGAACAGCUGAUUGCUGCAAAAUUUUGCUUUGCUGGACUUGUCAUAGGCCAGACUGAAGUGGAUAUUAUGAGUCAUGCUACACAGGCUAUAUUUGAAAUACUGGAGAAAUCCUGGUUGCCCCAGAAUUGUACACUGGUUGAUAUGAAGAUUGAAUUUGGUGUUGAUGUAACCACCAAAGAAAUUGUUCUUGCUGAUGUUAUUGACAAUGAUUCCUGGAGACUCUGGCCAUCAGGAGAUCGAAGCCAACAGAAAGACAAACAGUCUUAUCGGGACCUCAAAGAAGUAACUCCUGAAGGGCUCCAAAUGGUAAAGAAAAACUUUGAGUGGGUUGCAGAGAGAGUAGAGUUGCUUUUGAAAUCAGAAAGUCAGUGCAGGGUUGUAGUGUUGAUGGGCUCUACUUCUGAUCUUGGUCACUGUGAAAAAAUCAAGAAGGCCUGUGGAAAUUUUGGCAUUCCAUGUGAACUUCGAGUAACAUCUGCGCAUAAAGGACCAGAUGAAACUCUGAGGAUUAAAGCUGAGUAUGAAGGGGAUGGCAUUCCUACUGUAUUUGUGGCAGUGGCAGGCAGAAGUAAUGGUUUGGGACCAGUGAUGUCUGGGAACACUGCAUAUCCAGUUAUCAGCUGUCCUCCCCUCACACCAGACUGGGGAGCUCAGGAUGUGUGGUCUUCUCUUCGACUACCCAGUGGUCUUGGCUGUUCAACCAUACUUUCUCCAGAAGGAUCAGCUCAAUUUGCUGCUCAGAUAUUUGGAUUAAACAACCAUUUGGUAUGGAGCAAACUGCGAGCAAGCAUUUUGAACACAUGGAUUUCCUUGAAGCAGGCUGACAAGAAAAUCAGAGAAUGUAAUUUAUAAGAAAGAAUGCCAUUGAAUUUUUUAGGGGAAAAACUACAAAUUUCUAAUUUAGCUGAAGGAAAAUCAAGCAAGAUGAAAAGGUAAUUUUAAAUUAGAGAACACAAAUAAAAUGUAUUAGUGAAUAAA